ACCACCACUACCUCCAUCGCUCUCUCACACCAUCAAUCUAACUCUUUACAACCAUGCAGAUCUUCGUGAAGACUCUCACCGGGAAGACCAUCACGCUCGAGGUCGAGUCCUCGGAUACCAUUGACAACGUCAAGGCCAAGAUCCAGGAUAAGGAGGGAAUCCCCCCUGAUCAGCAGCGCCUGAUCUUCGCUGGCAAGCAGCUUGAGGAUGGUCGCACUCUCUCGGACUACAACAUCCAGAAGGAGAGCACGCUCCACCUUGUUCUCCGUCUCCGUGGCGGUAUGCAGAUCUUUGUCAAGACCCUCACGGGUAAGACCAUCACCCUCGAGGUUGAGUCCUCAGACACCAUCGACAACGUGAAGGCGAAGAUCCAGGACAAGGAGGGCAUUCCUCCGGACCAGCAGCGUCUCAUCUUUGCUGGGAAGCAACUCGAGGAUGGCCGCACCCUCUCUGACUAUAACAUCCAGAAGGAGAGCACCCUCCACCUUGUACUCCGUCUUCGUGGUGGUAUGCAGAUCUUCGUCAAGACAUUGACCGGCAAGACGAUUACCCUCGAAGUCGAGUCGUCUGACACGAUCGACAACGUGAAGGCAAAGAUUCAGGACAAGGAGGGUAUCCCUCCAGACCAGCAGCGUCUCAUCUUCGCCGGGAAGCAACUCGAGGAUGGUCGCACCCUUUCCGACUAUAACAUCCAGAAGGAGAGCACCCUCCACCUUGUCCUCCGUCUUCGUGGUGGUAUGCAGAUUUUCGUCAAGACUUUGACUGGAAAGACGAUUACCCUCGAGGUCGAGUCGUCUGACACUAUCGACAACGUGAAGGCCAAGAUUCAGGACAAGGAAGGCAUUCCUCCGGACCAGCAGCGUCUUAUCUUUGCCGGCAAGCAAUUGGAGGAUGGCCGUACGCUUUCCGAUUACAACAUUCAGAAGGAGAGCACUCUUCACCUCGUCCUCCGUCUCCGUGGUGGAAUGCAGAUCUUCGUCAAGACGCUGACGGGUAAGACGAUCACCCUCGAGGUCGAGUCGUCCGACACCAUCGACAACGUCAAGGCAAAGAUCCAGGACAAGGAGGGCAUCCCGCCAGAUCAGCAGCGUCUUAUCUUUGCUGGCAAGCAGCUGGAGGAUGGCCGUACUCUUUCUGACUACAACAUCCAGAAGGAGAGCACUCUUCACCUUGUCCUCCGUCUCCGUGGUGGAAUGCAGAUCUUCGUCAAGACGCUGACGGGUAAGACUAUCACUCUUGAGGUGGAGUCGUCCGACACGAUCGACAACGUCAAAGCGAAGAUCCAGGACAAGGAGGGCAUCCCACCCGACCAGCAGCGCCUGAUUUUCGCGGGUAAGCAGCUGGAGGACGGUCGCACUCUUUCGGAUUACAACAUCCAGAAGGAAAGCACGCUCCACUUGGUGCUGCGUCUCCGUGGCGGCCAGUGAGCGCUGUCGCCUGUUGUAGUUAGAUGUACGAGGUUUCUUCUUGAUCAUCGUUGUACUGUCAUUGUUGUAUUGUGCGCAUUCUCAUAGUAUAUGAUCCACGACGCUCGGUCG